AUGGCUGAAGCUCACUUCACGGCCCCUCUCAGCCAGGGCUUUGGCUACGGCAUCGUGGUCGGCCUGGGAUUUGCUUUCGCACUGUUGAUGAUCUUCAUCACCUGGGCUCUGAAACGAUACCAACAUGAAGUCCAAACAUCAGAAAUGUUCUCCACUGCCGGUCGUACCGUUAAGUCUGGUCUGGUCGCAUCAGCAGUCGUCAGUAGCUGGACAUGGGCCGCUACACUCCUCCAAUCUUCCACUGUCGCCUACGAGUACGGAGUCUCUGGUCCAUUCUACUAUGCAGCCGGUGCCACGGUACAGAUUCUUCUAUUUGCGACCUUGGCCAUUGAAUUGAAACGCCGCGCCCCCAACGCUCACACUUUUCUUGAAGUUAUUCGAGCUCGUUACGGUACCGUGGUGCACUGCGUGUUUAUCGUGUUUUGUCUCAUGACCAACGUCCUUGUGACGGCCAUGUUGUUGACUGGAGGAUCCGCCGUGCUCAAUGCGCUGACUGGUAUGCCAACACCUGCUGCGUGUUUCUUGCUCCCCAUCGGUGUGGUCUUGUAUACCGUCUUUGGUGGAAUCAAGGCAACCUUCAUCACCGAUUAUCUGCAUACCAUCGUCAUUGUCGUCAUCAUCUUCACCUUCGCGUUCAACACAUAUGCCGUGAGCCCCAUCUUGGGAUCUCCCGGCAAGGUGUAUGACAUCUUGACGGCGGCUGCCAAGGCCAAUCCCGUUGAUGGAAACUCCGGUGGCAGUUAUCUGACCAUGCAUUCUCGCGAGGGAGGAAUCUUCUUCGUGAUCAACCUGGUCGGUAACUUUGGAACCGUCUUCUUAGAUAAUGGAUACUACAACAAGGCUAUCGCUGCUAGUCCCGUGCACGCAUUUCCUGGGUAUGUCAUCGGAGGCUUGUGUUGGUUCGCCAUUCCCUGGCUUUGCGCGACAACCAUGGGAUUGGCAGCGCUUGCGCUGCAAGGAAACGCAAUCCUCAGCCCAACGGACGUUACUGCUGGUCUUGUCCUGCCGUAUGCCGCAGUAGAAAUGAUGGGCUACGGUGGUGCUGUCGCCACAACACUCAUGGUCUUCAUGGCCGUUACAUCUGCGUUUUCCGCUCAAUUGAUCGCUGUCUCUUCGGUGUGUACUUAUGAUAUCUUCCAAGCAUACAUCCAACCAUCAGCAAAGGGCAAGAAACUCGUAUGGAUCUCUCACAUGGCCUGUGUCGUUUAUGCAUUGGUCAUGGCUGGAUUCGCCACUGGACUUUACUAUGCUGGCGUCGGAAUGGGCUAUUUGUAUCUGCUCAUGGGCGUUAUCAUCUCGUCCGCAGUCCUCCCCGGGGCUUUGACUCUGUUGUGGAAGGGACAGAACUGGGUUGCAGCUGCACUGUCGCCUCCAUUGGGUCUGGCCUGUGCUUUGAUUGCAUGGUUGGUAACGGCCAAGUCGUUGUACGGAGAAUUGACCGUCACCACUACCGGAUCCAAUUAUCCCAUGCUGGCAGGCAAUGUCGUCGCCCUCCUCAGCCCCGUCAUCUUCAUCCCCAUUUUAACGCUGAUUUUCGGCCAACAAAACUACGACUACGAAUCGAUGCGCAGUAUCCGCAAAGUCGACGACUCAGAUGUCGCCGCCGAAGCACACGUGGAUUUGGAGCUGAUCCCCGGCGAAACAACGAACUUUGCGCAGGACAUGACCGAAGAAGAAACCCACAAACUCAACCGUGCCGCAUUCUAUGCGCGCGCACUCACCGUGAUCAUGACGUUGUGUCUGUUGAUUCUCUGGCCAAUGCCAAUGUACGGAUCGGGUUAUGUCUUUAGCAAGAAAUUUUUCACGGGUUGGGUCGUUGUUGGUAUCAUCUGGUUGUUUGGGACUGCGUUUGGUGUGGUGAUUUUCCCGUUGUAUGAAGGACGGGAUAGCAUUGUAUAUACCGUCAAGGCGAUGUGGUUGGAUGCGACGGGCAAGAAGAAGCCAGUUAAUGCGAUUCAUGCAGCUGUCGAAAGGGAGGAGGAAAGUGGUCAAGCGACGCCGGAGGAGAAGUUGCCUGUCAAGACUUGA